UUUGUAAGGAAUAAUGUGGAAACCUUGCCCAUUUACACAUCACCCGGCCCUUCUACUUUACAUAGUCUUGGAAAUAUUUAUACACAGUGUCAGAGGUCUUAAUGUUUGCAUGAGCGGCAGCGCCACAUCUUGUGAAGAAUGUCUCCUCAUUCACCCAAGCUGCGCCUGGUGCGCGCAAGAGGACUUUGGACAAGCUAGAACUCUCAACUCACGAUGUGACUUUAGCCAGAACUUACAGAAAAGAGGAUGUGAUGCCCCUUUCAUUGAAAAUCCCAGGAGUGGCAGCUCUCUGUUGCGGAGCAAACCUCUGAGCUCCAAAGGUUCUGGGGUGACCCAGUAUGAUGUCAUCCAGAUAUACCCACAAAAGAUCUCUCUCAGCUUAAGGCCUGGUGACCAGACCUCAUUUGAAGUACAAGUGCGUCCUGUAGAAGACUACCCCGUUGAUUUGUACUACCUGAUGGACCUCUCGCUCUCCAUGAAGGAUGAUCUGGACACAAUCCGCAACCUAGGCACCAAACUGGCUGAGGAAAUGAGGAAGCUUACAAGUAACUUCCGCCUUGGCUUUGGCUCUUUUGUGGAUAAGAACAUCUCACCCUUCUCCUACACAGCCCCCAAGUACCAGGACAAUCCGUGCAAUGGAUAUAAGUUGUUUCCAAACUGCGUCCCUACGUUUGGCUUCCGUCACCUCUUAUCUCUUACGGACAAGGUUGACCGUUUCAAUGAAGAAGUGCAGAAGCAGAUGGUUUCGCGGAACAGAGACGCACCAGAGGGGGGGUUUGAUGCCAUUCUGCAGGCUGCCGUUUGCAAGGAGAAGAUUGGCUGGAGGAAGGAGGCCUAUCAUCUCUUGGUGUUUGCCACCGAUGACGUCCCUCACUUGGCUUUGGACGGCAAGCUCGGUGGACUAGUGCAUCCUCACGAUGGACAGUGUCACCUGAACGACAAGAACGAGUAUAGUGCUGCAAACAUGAUGGACUACCCUUCACUCGCUCUACUUGGAGAGAAACUGGCUGAAAACAAUAUUUUCCUCAUCUUUGCUGUGACCAAAAGACACUAUGUUCUUUACAAGAAUCUCACAGCAUUGAUCCCUGGGACUACGGUGGAAAUUUUGGACCAAGACUCCAAAAACAUUAUUCAGCUAAUUGUGAAUGCAUACAAUAACAUCAGGUCAAAGGUUGAGUUGAGCGUAUGGGACCAUCCUGAAGAUCUCAGUCUGGCCUUCACCGCCACCUGCCAAGACGGCCAGCCCCUGACUGGCCUCCGCAAGUGUGCUGACGUCAAAAUCGGUGACACUGUCUCCUUCAACAUAACUGUAGACGCUCGAGGAUGUCCUCCGAAAGGCACCAGGAAGAGUUUCACCAUCAGGCCUGUUGGUUUUAAAGACCGUCUGGAGGUCUCUGUGGACUACCGCUGUGAUUGCAGCUGCACAUAUUACACCAAGACCAACAGCAGCCGCUGCAACUCCGCCGGCACCUACAGCUGCGGGAUAUGCCGCUGUGAGCCCGGCUACCUGGGGGCCCGCUGCGAGUGCGAGGAGGGUGAGGUCGACCACCAGCACCUCAGUGCCUGCCGUGAGGCCGAGGGCAAGCAGGUGUGCAGCGGCCGUGGAGAAUGCAGCUGUAACCAGUGUCUGUGUUACGAGUCAGAGUUCGGCAAAAUCUACGGCACCUUCUGCGAGUGUGACGACUUCUCCUGUGCCCGACAUAAGGGUAUACUGUGCUCAGGCCAUGGAGAAUGCCACUGCGGUGAGUGUAAAUGCCACGCUGGUUAUAUUGGAGACAACUGUAAUUGCUCUACAGAGACUGCUUCCUGUGUGUCGGACGACGGCAAGAUCUGUAGCGGGCGGGGCAGCUGUGUGUGUGGGCGGUGCCAGUGCACUGAGCCAGGGGCAUUUGGGGACACAUGCGAAAAAUGUCCCACCUGUCCAGAUGCUUGUGGAACAAAGAGGGAAUGCAUCGAGUGCCGUCUCUUUAACACGGGGAGACUGGCCGAUAACCAGACCUGCCAGCGCAUGUGCAAGGAUGAGAUCAUCACCGUGGAAACACUCCAAACGGAUGAUUCCAACACUGUUCAAUGCGUGUAUAAGACCGAGAAUGACUGUGUGAUGAAGUUCACCUACUCUGAACAUGCCAAUGGCCAGUCAGUCCUCACCGCUCUUAAAGAGCCAGAGUGUGCUGUUGCCCCAAAUGCCAUGACUGUGCUCUUGGCAGUUGUUGGCAGCAUCUUGUUGAUGGGCAUCGUGCUGCUGGCGCUCUGGAAACUGGUCAUCACCAUUCACGACCGCCGCGAGUUUGCACGCUUCCAGAGUGCACGUUCACGGGCGCGAUACGAGAUGGCGUCUAACCCUGUUUAUAAGCAGUCCAUCCCCUCUCACCCAAUGGAGACGGUUUUCCAUAUGCAUAGUAUCAAGUCAUGCAACGGAGGAGUCCACUAAUCGACCUGCAUUUGGACUGGGGGACAUGGCAGGACCUGUCCAGCGCACCUCUGCACUACAGUGGAGGACCGAGACAAAUGUUACGGUCUUUUGCAAUGCAAACUUUUUUUUGAGGCGUGUGGUUCCUGAGGAUUGGAACUGAUCUUUAUGCGGUUUCAGCUUGAUGAGCAGCAGUUGGACGCAUGCCGAAUUUGAGAAGAGGAUUGGCUUGACUAGUUGGAGAGGCAGGGCUUAUCGGCAUUAGACAUUAACCUGCAAUGGACCGCUUGCUUGAAUAUAAUUCCUAACCAUACCUCCUGCACAUUAUGAUGGAUUUGCUGUGCAU